CUGCUGCCGUAACAUUUCCCGUGAAGGCACGAGAAGGGAGUGCGGAAACAUAUUGGCAUCCUCAAAUUUCAAAUCCAUCGGCGAUAAAUCGAAUCAAACAUUUCAAGAAAGUCACUUAGAGGUCUCUGGUAAUGGUUGCCUUAAAUUGAAGAAGAAGAACCCCUUUGAUGGCUUUUUGUAGAAUUAGUUCAAGUUUGUAGUCGGUAGGUGUACCGGUUCCGAUUGAAAUGCUGAGCACAUGCACUCCGUCAGCUAUAGCAUCGUCAAUGGCGGCAAGCAUGUCAGCUUCCAUGCAUAGGUUAUUGCCUACAGAAACGUUGGGGGGAUUGACCCAGCAUGCUUUGUAUAUGGCAAGGCGGGCCAUUGGAGCCCCGCCGGAAGCCACGCCACUUGCAUACCCUCCACGGGCAGCAGUAGGAACUCGUCGACCAGCCGCCGUGGAUGCCGUGUGAGUUCCAUGGCCAGCGACAUCGCGAGGAGAGAGGAAGUCCGCUGUGCGAUUUAACGGGCCGUAUUGUUGCUCAUAUUCCUUGACGUAGUACCGCGCUCCAAUGAUUUUCCUAUAAACAAAAGUAAAUUAAAUUAUAAAUUCAAUUCUCAAUU